UAGGUAGCCACUGAAAGUUGUCGCACUCCCAAAGGCAUCAUCGCCCCGAUACUUUGUCACUGCUGACGACGACUUCUCGCUCCCGCAUUCACACGCGCCAUAUUAUACCCGCGGCGAGCCUGCUUUCGCAUCUGGCCUCCUUCUUUCGGUUGAAUUGCUCUUCAUUUGGCACUACUCGCCCCGCGGCCGCGUCGGCCCAGUCUUUCGUCUCGUGAUCGAACCAGGGGUUCCUUCGCUUCUUCCGCCUCCAUCAUCCCUCCCGACCUUGCUGGCUCCGCGCAACUUCCUCCUCCAUCACCAGCCGAUAGCCUCGCGGAGCUUUUCCCCUCACCAACCGCAAUCAUGGCUGCCGUGCGUGGCAUAGAACACACCAAGACCGAUCAGGAGCUUGCCAUCAACAUCAAGAAGGCUACCAACAACGAAGAAAUCUCCCCCAAGCGCAAGCAUGUCCGAGCAUGCAUCGUCUAUACCUGGGACCACCGGUCCUCGAACGCCUUCUGGGCUGGCAUCAAGGUCCAACCGAUCCUCGCCGACGAAGUCCAGACCUUCAAGGCCCUCAUCACCAUCCACAAGGUCCUCCAAGAAGGCCACCCCAGCGCCUUGAAGGAGGCAAUGUCCAACCGCGGCUGGAUCGACAGCCUCAACCGCGGCCUGAACGGCGAGGGAAUGCGCGGAUACGGACCCUUGAUCCGCGAAUACGUCUACUACCUCCUUGCGAAGCUCUCCUUCCACCACCAGCACCAGGAGUUCAACGGAACGUUCGAGUACGAGGAAUACCUGAGCUUGAAGGCCAUCAAUGACCCCAACGAGGGCUACGAGACCAUCACCGACCUCAUGGUGCUGCAGGAUAAGAUUGAGCAGUUCCAGAAACUCAUCUUCUCCCACUUCCGGAAUGUCGGAAACAACGAAUGUCGCAUUGCCGCGUUGGUGCCUCUGGUUCAGGAGAGCUACGGCAUCUACAAGUUCAUCACCAGCAUGCUUCGUGCGAUGCACUCCACGACUGGCGACGACGAUGCCCUCGAGCCCCUCCGACAGCGAUACAAUGCCCAGCAUUACCGCCUCGUCAAGUUCUACUACGAGUGCUCCAACCUCCGAUACCUCACCAGUCUCAUCACCAUCCCGAAGCUCCCUCAAGACCCGCCCAACCUUCUUUCCGAAGACGAUGAGGCUCCCGCGCUCCCCGCUCGACCAAAGGGAGAGAUUGAGAGACAGCCGUCUCCCGUGCAAGCACCCAAGUCGGAGGAACCCGAUGAGAUGUCCGAAUUCUGGAAGGGCGAGCUGGAUCGUCAGAACCGCGAGUACGAGGAGCAACAGCGGGUCAUGGAGGAGCGCCAGCAACAAGCAUUGUUGUCGCAGCAGCAGGCGCAGCUUCAGGCGCAGCGCGAGUUUGAGGAGCAGCAGCGCGCCCUGAUGGAGCAGCAGCAGCGCGAGCAGGAGGCUCUCCUGGCUCAGCAGGCGCAGUGGCAGACUCAGGGGCGUCUCGCCGAGUUGGAGCGGGAGAACCUGAACGCCCGGGCUCAGUACGAACGAGAUCAGCUGAUGCUCCAGCAGUUCGACCAGCGUGUCAGGGGCUUGGAGAGCGAGCUGUCACAGCUUCAGAACAGCCUUGGGCAGCAAAUCACGAGCAAGGACGACCAGAUUCGAGCGCUGCAGGAGCAGGUCAACACGUGGAGGACCAAGUACGAGGCCCUGGCCAAGCUCUACUCGCAGCUACGACAUGAGCACUUGGACCUCCUCCAGAAGUUCAAGUCGGUCCAGCUCAAGGCCGCCAGCGCCCAAGAGGCCAUCGACCGACGGGAGAAGCUGGAGCGCGAGAUCAAGACCAAGAACCUGGAGCUGGCCGACAUGAUCCGCGAGCGUGACCGCGCCAUGCACGACAAGGACCGCCUGAACGGUAGCAACAAGGACGAGGUGGAGAAGCUGCGACGCGAGCUCCGCAUGGCCAUGGACCGGGCUGAUAACCUAGAGCGCAGCAAGGGCAACGAGUUGUCGACGAUGCUGGCCAAGUACAACCGCGAGAUGUCAGACCUCGAGGAGGCGCUCCGCACCAAGACACGGGCCUUGGAGGAUGCCCAGACGAAGCUCCGUGAUGGUGGCUCUGAUCUGGAGCAGCUCCUCCGAGAAAAGGAGGAAGAGCUAGAGGUGUACAAGGCGGGCAUGGACCAAACGCUUCUGGAACUCAGCGAGCUCCAACAGAACCAGGGCGAGACGGACAACGCCCUCGACGGACAGAUUGACGCCCUCAUCCUGUCCAACCUGGACAAGAUCAACGACAUCAUCGACUCGGUCCUCCAAGCCGGAGUUGCGCGUGUCGACGAUGCACUCUACGAACUGGACUCCUCCAUGCAGGCGGGAAACCAGAACGCCUCGCCCUCUUACGUGCUCUCUCAGAUCGAAAAGGCAUCGGCCAACGCCAUGGAGUUUGCUACAUCUUUCAACAACUUCAUUGCGGACGGUCCCAACAGCACGCACGCCGAGCUGAUCAAGAACAUCAACGUCUUCUCGGGAGCUAUCGCGGACGUGUGCAGCAACACCAAGGGUCUUAGCCGUCUGGCCACGGACGAUAAGAAGACGGAUUCGCUCAUGAACGGGGCCCGCCAGUCGGCGCAGUCUACGGUGCAGUUCUUCCGUGGGCUACAGAGCUUCCGGCUCGAGGGAAUGGACCCCAUCCAGAAGACGGACGUGGUCAUCAACAGCAACAACGACGUGCAGAGAGACCUGCAGAAGCUCAACAAACUGGUCGAGGUGUUUGCGCCCGGGUUCGGCAAGCUCAUGAACAAGAAGGGCGACCUGGGAGACCUUGUGGACCAGGAGCUCAGCAAGGCGGCGGAUGCCAUCGCAGCGGCGGCGGCGCGACUGGCCAAACUGAAGAACAAGCCCCGUGACGGUUACUCCACCUACGAGCUCAAGGUGCACGACUCGAUUCUAGACGCCGCCACGGCCAUCACCAACGCCAUCACGCAGCUGAUCCAAGCGGCCACACUGACACAGCAGGAGAUUGUGCAGGCGGGGCAGGGGUCGUCUACGCGUACGGCCUUUUACAAGAAAAACAACCGGUGGACCGAAGGGCUCAUUUCAGCUGCCAAGGCGGUGGCGUCGUCGACCAACACGCUCAUCGAGACGGCGGACGGGGUGAUAUCCAAUCGCAACAGCCCUGAGCAGUUGAUUGUGGCCUCCAACGACGUAGCAGCGUCAACGGCGCAGCUCGUGGCUGCGAGUCGAGUCAAGGCAGGGUUCAUGUCCAAGAGCCAAGGGAAGCUGGAGCAGGCUAGCAAGGCGGUGGGGGCGGCAUGCCGGGGGCUGGUGCGUCAAGUUCAGACGAUGAUCAAGGAGCGGAGCCUGGAGGAGGACCAGGUGGACUACUCUACGCUCGGAGCGCACGAGUUCAAGGUGCGAGAGAUGGAGCAACAGGUCGAGAUUCUCCAAUUGGAGAAUUCACUUUCCGCCGCGCGGCACCGACUGGGCGAGAUGCGCAAGAUUUCAUACCAAGAGGAGUAGGGUUGGGAGGGAGCGAGCGUCUCGAGUUAGACUGGGUGGCGGUGGCGGUGACGGUGACGGCACUGGGUAGGAGCAGGAGCGCUAGCCGCGAGGAGGAGGAAGAGGGGAGUGAAGAGAGGAGGAGGAGGAGGAGGAGGGGAGGGGAGU